AUGACUCAAGUGGAAAUUCACAACACCAGCCCUAUUGGCAGUCCCAUCAGUCCGAGUGUCGUGGUGUCACCCUGGACGAAGGACGGUACCUACAUUAUCGAGGCUACACGCAAGGCGCAUGCCUGCUGCAAGUCGUGCGACGUCAUCAUCGAAGCCGGCCGUCUUCGUGUAGGCGUCGUGUACCAGCACCGUAACGGCUUUGUGUGCAUUAACUGGCAUCACGUCGAGUGCUACAAGGCCGUGAGCCAAAUCCCGCUACAGUGCCUUGAGGGGUUUAGCGACCUCGACCCGCAGCACCAAAAGAUGGUCGAGAGUUAUCAUCUCAUCAAGCUCGAGCCGCAGUAUCUGCCCGAGGCCCACACGUGCUCCGCAUGA